UUGAAUCUUCCGGUAAGCCGGUUUCUGUGGAAGUCGUAGUAAAUCAAAAGGCAUUUUGAGGCUAUAAAAAUGUCGAAACGCAAAACAUCUGCCGAACCAACGCAAGAUAAACUCACCCGUAUUGCUAUCGUGAGUUCAGAUAGGUGUAAACCAAAAAGAUGUGCGUUAGAAUGUAAGAGAUCUUGUCCAGUUGUUCGUAUGGGCACGGGAAAAUUAUGUAUUGUGGUUACUCCAGAAUCCAAAAUAGCCGAAAUUUCGGAAGUUUUGUGCAUAGGAUGUGGUAUUUGUGCCAAGAAAUGUCCCUUUGAAGCCAUAGCAAUCAUCAACUUACCAAGUAAUCUUGAGAAGGAAACGACCCAUCGCUAUGGUCCAAAUUCUUUUAAACUUCACAGAUUGCCCAUCCCUCGUCCUGGUGAAGUUCUAGGGCUUGUGGGAACUAAUGGUAUUGGCAAGUCCACAGCAUUGAAAAUUCUUGCUGGCAAGCAAAAGCCUAACUUGGGACGAUAUGGAAACCCUCCUGACUGGCAAGAAAUAUUGUUGUAUUUCCGUGGCUCAGAAUUACAGAACUACUUCACAAAAAUCCUGGAGGACGAUCUGAAGGCCAUUAUCAAACCACAAUAUGUUGAUCAGAUCCCAAAAGCUGUCAAGGGGAGUGUCCAGUCUAUUCUAGACAGAAAAGAUGAAACUGAGAGUCAGUUGGAAAUAUGUAGACAAUUAGACUUGAUUGCUGUACGUGAUCGAAAUGUUGAUGAGCUUUCAGGAGGAGAGCUGCAGCGCUUUGCUUGUGCUGUCGUCUGUAUACAACAGGCUGAUGUGUACAUGUUUGAUGAACCCUCCAGUUACUUGGAUGUAAAGCAACGUCUCAAUGCAGCUAAGACUAUCAGAAGUCUUCUUACUGAUGACAGGUACAUCAUUGUUGUAGAGCAUGACUUGAGUGUGCUGGACUACUUGUCUGACUUUAUCUGCUGUCUGUAUGGUACUCCUGGUGCUUAUGGUGUAGUAACUAUGCCUUUCAGUGUUAGAGAAGGUACACAUCUAUAUUUGAAUGUUUUUUACAGUGUGAGCUUCAGUAGCUAGUGAACACCCUUGUGU